CAAUCUUAGUCGAGUCUCAGUCGUCCAGAAGGCGGCCCGUCUCCAUAGCAACGGGAAUGUUGAAGCGAUCGCUGAGCGGGAUGGAGGCGAGGCCUCAGGUGGACCGCGGAUGGCGGAGGCGGCGGGUUUGCGAGUGCGAGGCUGCGGGGCUUCCCUCAGAGAGGCCUCAAAGGAGCUCCUUGGCAACAGCCAAAAAACCAACACAACCCACAAGGUCGGCUUUGUGAAUCUAGGGAGGCGCCCGGCUCUUUGCGAGGAUGAGCAGCAGAGAAAGCCAUUGCUGGUUGAGGAAGAAAAUGGGGUCUUUACCAUUGAAGACUUGGAAGAAAGCUUACGAAACCUGAAGGUUCAGGUGGACGGCUUAGCCUCCAGUCUUACUGUCCAUCCAGAUCGAGAUUACCCUUCUUCUCUGGAACACCUGGCUGACCCAAGUCCCUUAAGUUCCAAAUGGCACCCAUCAGGGUCACCCUCAGAGACCGAAUGGUUACUGAGAGCGAAGCGUCUUGCGAGAUCGUUAGACGAUAACUUGAAUUUGAUGGAUGUGGCCAUUCCAGCCUUACAUUCAUCCCCGCUAAAUGAAACUUCAGGAUUCUUUGGCACUGCGAGUCAGAACUCUCCUGCCUUGGGGGAUCUUUCUGCCCCGUUGAAACUGGGGGCCCCUCAUGUGAUCGGCGUCAAGUCUUUGCUGCCCCCCAAGAUCCCAGUCCGAGCUUGCUUGCCAGAAAGAUCCUCUUUCACGUGGCGCAGGGGCCGUUCGCUGAGUCACUCUGAGGUUACCCACUCCUGCUCCUUCUCUCCGGAUGCCAAACGUCCGCGUUGGCUCCGGUCACGCUCUCAGUCUCCGAGGCCUAUCUGGAGGCCCACCUCGGCUAAGGCGAAUGCCUGCGCCCAGCCUCCGCCUCAGCUGGGGAAGCCCAGGGGAGUCAGGAAGAAAAACACGUCAAGCAGACAAUCGCGGUUGAGGUUCUUCAGGCCAGGGACAUUAGCACUGAAAUCCUGGACUUCCACUAAGGCAGUUGGACAGAGGACACCGAGGGAGUCUUGGAGUCCUUACAGUUUGGCUUCUCCUGAUCUCUCCUCACCCACUGCAGAAGAGAUCAACGAACGCUUCCUGCAGACGCUUUCUGAAAGCACAAUGGGGAGAGACCUGAUUGAAAUGUCUCCGUACCAGAAAGAGCUGGCUCGUCUCCGACUCGAGCGCCUGCGUGUGGAAGAGGGCUGGCUGUUGGAAUUAAAGAGGCAGCAGGAACUGGAACGAACCCGUGGCCCCAGGCCCAAGUGGUACGAAAUGAGGGACUCUCAAUUCCACUACGAAGCCCACAAGAACAACAAACUUCUGAGAAGCAGCCCAGAGAUACAGUCGGUCUUCGAUUAUAGGGAGGCGCUAUCAAGAGCAUCGAAAGACUUCCAGCAGCAACAGAAGCCCACUUCUACCUCCCUCAAGGCCUACUGGUAAAGAGCCGAAGGAGACACUGGGCAUUAGAGGAGAUAGAAGAAAGGCAGGUCAGGAUGAGCAGGGCCUUCCUCUGUUCCCAGUGAAUGAUGGUCUGUUUUUUGGCGGGUGUGUGUGUGUGUGCGAUUCUGAGUGCCCAGCCCAGUCAUUUUUUAUGCCUUGAUUGCUCAGAGCUGAUUUAAACUUUGAGAACUGCUUAGUGGAGUGAAAUGAAGUGAGCAAAGAUUCCUUGCUAGAGAAAAAGGUAACCGGAUAUCCUGAUUUACUGGGGAGGAACUACGCCAAACGUCAGACAUCUCUGUGUCAAAGGCAGUGUGGGUUGUUUUCUGGCUUGGUGUGUGCAGAUUUGAUGUGUGUGCGUGUGCCUUUUUUUGACCCCUGAAUUUGAUUGUUGUUGCCUGCAGUCUCAAGCCAGUUCAGCAAAGGACACUCACUCUGGAUUUCCCCUCAUUUGCUUUAACUUUUUGAUUAGGAGGGCACCGAAUAAAAAACAAAACAAAACCUGAUUUACUAAUCAAGAAAAUCUUCUUUGGCUCAAACAAAAAAAGAUAAAUAUUACCCUAGAAGAAGAAAAAAAAAAUGAGCAUACACGUUUUCCCUCUUUUAUAGAAUGCUUUUAUAUUUGGUUGCUUUCGUAUUUCAACGUAGCGGUAGUUUUAAAUAUUUUUUUGAGAUUCGUUUAAUUCUUAGACUUGCAAAAGAGAAGAUAUCUAACCUGUAACUGACAUGCCGGAGGGGGUUCUAGAUAUACACAUCUCUUUUAUCGAAGCGCUCUUUUUUAUGGCUGGCUCACAAGCAUUUUCGUAUCGUCCUCGGUGAGUAACUGCAGAAACUUAUCUUAACGUGGAAUAAAUCCAACCGAGGGAUUAAAACCAUCCCGCUAUUAACACAAAUUAUUCGAUAAUGAAUUAUCCUCAUUGAUCAGUCAUGCCCGUGCCUUGAAUUUGUGAGUGAAAAAAUAAAAGCAGCUCACGUUAACAAGAAAAGAUUCCUUUGAAAUAACUAUUCGACCCAGCUUUCCCAAAUUACAGAAUUACAGAAUUGGUUUAUCUAAUUACCUAGGGGCAAGCUCUUAUAAUCUAAUAAGAUAGCAGUCCUGAGUACAUAACGUUUCAAAACGUGUGCAUUUUGUCCAGUUUCAUACUUAACCAUUUGCCGGUUGACAAGAAAUUCCACACUGGACAGAGAUGGAUAUCUUUCUCUGCCAAUCAGUUUUGUUCGUAGGAGCUCUCUUACCUAUUUCUGAUUUUGCUAGCCCUCUCAAUGAUAUUUCUUCUUGUUUUUUAAUGUUUCAAACUUGGGGGUUUCUAACGGGUCUUCUACAUUCACUGUACAGAUGUCAUUACACCGGCAAUAUCCGAGCAAGCUAAUUAAAAAUACAGACUUCAUCAGCCAAUUAACAUAUCCCUUUCCUCCCUGUUUAAACCUCUGCUCCAUCCUACCCCACCCCGCACACACUGCAUGGCUGUUUAUAUACUUCUUUGGCUUGAUCUUUCCUGGCAUGACACAGGAUCUGAGUGCCCUCAAGUACCCUGCAGGAAAUUAAAUCUCUCUUUCUUUCCCCAGUUUCUGCCCUCCCCCCAAAAAACCUCGUGUCAACAGAUCACAAUGUUCCCAAGUCUCAUCCCUUGAAAAUGAACCGUGAAUGCCAUGGCAUUGCGUUCGGUGGGACCGCAUCCAAAAGAGGGAGGGGAAAAUAUUCCAAAUUACUUGGCUCAUUUGUUCUCUGUU